GGAAACUGGAGCUGUCUUGUUAGGGAUGCUGCGAUCGUUAUCGCCCCUCCUCCAGUUGGGAGACCCGGGACUCACAUUCAUCCCUCCUCUUUCCCUCCCUUUCUCUCUUUCUACGACUAGUCCCCUGGCCCUCUGGCUUGGACUAGCAGCUACAGCACGCCGGCGCUCACUCCCCUCCACCAACCUGGAGUGACGCAGGCAGAGACUACUUAAGGGAGGAUUAGAGGCGGCAAGACACGGAUUCCCAGUCUGCCCCGCUCUGUGCACCCAGGGUCGCGAUCCUGGCCCGGUCUCCGAGGCGGGAAGUAAGGCAGCAACCAACACUCUUUGGGGCUGCAAAGACAAGAGGCGGGUUGCCCUGGGACAGAGACAAGACAGGGAUCUUGGCUUUCCCCCACCUUCGCCCCCAACCCACCCGACUUGGAAACAGGAACGAGAAAUCUGUUUCCAGCCAGCAGCAGGCUAGUGACCAGUACAUUCUUCCAGCCGUCCCCAUCCCCUUCCUGGACAGAAGCCACACAGGGAAUCUUCCCUAGGCUGGACAGCAACUGACCGGUUGGUGCCCUAGUCCCUGGACAGCACCAGCUGCUACCUCACGUCUCUGGAGUCGCUUGGAUUUCCCCCCUCUCUUUAAGUGGAAAAAAGAAAAAAGGGAGAGGGAAGGAGGGAGAAGAGUAGUGGAUUAGGUUUAUUUUGCUUUUAUUUUUGAUCUUUAGCCCCCUCUUUUCGGGUGGUGACUGGGGAGGGGGCCAGGAGAAGGGACGUGCCCAGCGCUGCCCAGUCUUUGUCUGCUGCCUCCGAAUGCACAGCGAUGGGGGAAUGGACCAUCUUAGAGAGGCUGCUGGAAGCCGCCGUACAGCAACAUUCCACUAUGAUUGGGAGGAUCCUGCUGACAGUGGUGGUGAUCUUCCGGAUCCUUAUUGUGGCCAUAGUGGGUGAGACAGUGUACGAUGAUGAACAGACCAUGUUUGUGUGCAAUACCCUGCAGCCAGGCUGCAACCAAGCCUGCUAUGACCGAGCUUUCCCUAUCUCUCAUAUCCGCUACUGGGUCUUCCAGAUCAUCAUGGUGUGCACCCCUAGCCUCUGCUUCAUCACCUACUCAGUGCACCAAUCUGCCAAGCAAAGAGAACGCCGUUACUCUACUGUCUUCCUUGCCUUGGACAGGGAUCCUCCUGAGUCGAUUGGGGGUCCUGGAGGAGCUGGGGGUGGGGGCAGUGGCGGGGGCAAACGGGAAGACAAUAAGAAGCUGCAAAAUGCCAUUGUAAAUGGAGUACUGCAGAAUACAGAAAACACUAGCAAGGAGAAUGAGCCAGACUGUCUAGAGGUUAAGGAAUUGGCCCCACACCCAUCAGGGCUGCGCACAGCAGCCCGCUCCAAGCUCCGUCGCCAAGAGGGCAUCUCCCGCUUCUACAUUAUUCAGGUGGUUUUCCGGAAUGCCCUAGAAAUUGGGUUCCUCGUAGGCCAAUACUUCCUUUAUGGCUUCAGUGUCCCUGGACUGUAUGAGUGUGACCGCUAUCCCUGUAUAAAGGAAGUAGAGUGCUAUGUUUCCCGGCCCACAGAGAAGACAGUCUUCCUCGUUUUCAUGUUUGCUGUGAGUGGUAUCUGUGUUGUCCUCAAUCUGGCUGAACUCAAUCACCUGGGCUGGCGCAAGAUUAAGCUGGCUGUGCGUGGUGCACAGGCCAAGAGGAAAUCAGUCUAUGAGAUCCGCAACAAGGACCUGCCUCGGGUCAGUGUUCCCAAUUUUGGCAGGACUCAGUCAAGUGACUCUGCCUAUGUGUGAAAGGAUAGAUUGGAGGGAGGGGGAGGAGUUGGAGAGAUAACAAGUAGCUUCACUCUCUCCAUCCAAUGGUGGAAUAAGGUUGGUUCUAGAGAAACUUUUAGACAAUGAUUUCAAGAAGGGGAAAAGAAAAAAAGAAGCCCAAUCCAGCAGAAACAUGGGCAAAUGUUGCACCAUUGACCUUACAGAGUCAACUGGGUAGAGAAAAGGCUUCUUGUAGAAAUGGGUCCUCUUUAUCCCAUAAGUUGGUAUGAUCUGACUAGUAAUGGAUACCAAAGCUUACUAGUUAGGACCACAUUGAGCUUUGGCUGGAUCCAGGACACUGGCGAAUGGUGGGAGUCAAAUACUUCCUUGUUACAAAGAUUGUGAUUGACCUCCUCAUUUUAUCCCUUCUUCCUGGAAAACAGGACAGGCUUCUCUGAAGUGCUCCUCUUCUUCUCCACCAGCAAGCCCCUCUCCAACACCCUGGGACAGCUUGCCAGCUUUUUCUAUAUCUGACCUUACUUACAGCAUACCUACUAUGGCUUUCUUACCAGUGAAACAGAGGGAAUUGUUUGGGGUGCAGUGUUGGGACUGACUAUAGAAGAGGUUUGCAUUUGAACCCCAACUGAAUGGUCCCUACUUAUCAUGAAAACCUGUAGAAUGUCUCAGAUUUCCAAUUUUCUAACUCAAACUGCACUGGUGCUGUUUAUUAGGGGUAAGGGGUGGGUGGGGAGG